CCCUAAAAGCCCGCCUACUUAGUUGCCAACGCCUUCCCCACAACGGAUCUCAGUUGCAAGUUCUCUGAGGUCUCAUUUCUUAGGGGAAGACAGAUUUGGACCCUGCACCUGACAACCAUGUGGGUUCUUAUCUUCUGGCUCCUGAUUCACCCCCUGGACAUCGGAGCCAGGUCGCAUUCGCUGCAGUAUUCGUACAUGGCUGUGACUAAGCCGGGUCCAGGAAUCCCUGAAUUUUCUGCCACUGGCUCCAUAGACGACCAGCCCUUCAUCCGCUUUAACAGCGAGAGCAUGAAGGCAGAGCCUGCUGUUGACUGGCUGAGGGAAGAUCCAGGGUACUUUGCUGAAGAGACCCAGGUCUUCACCAAUCGGAUGAAGAUUUUCCAGUUGAGCCUGAGAAACAUACAGCAGUACUACAACAACUCUGGGGCCCGGAGUCAGAGAGGGGCAGACGGCGCCCGCCAGCAAGCAGGCCCUCACACUCUCCAGUUCACAUACGGCUGUGAGUUGCGAGAUGACAGAAGUACCACGGGGCAUUGGCAGUAUGGCUACGAUGGCAGGGACUACCUGACCUUGGAUUUGGACUCCAUGCAAUAUAUAGCAGCCACAUUCAUUGCGGGCUACACCAAGAGGAAGUGGGAAUACAGCGAGUACUGGCUGGAGAAAGACAGCAGCUAUCUGAAGGAAGAAUGCAUACUUUGGCUGGGAAACUACUUGGCCCUGGGAGGAGACAACCUCAUCCGAACAGACCCUCCAAAGACGCAUGUGACCCACCACCCCAGACCUGAUGGUAAAGCCACCCUGAGGUGCUGGGCCCUGGGGUUCUACCCUGCUGACAUCACCCUGACCUGGAAGAAGGAUGAGGAGGAACUGACCCAGGACAUGGAGAUGGUGGAGACCAGACCUGCAGGGGAUGGAACCUUCCAGAAGUGGGCAGCUGUGGAGGUGCCUAUGGGAGAGGAGCAGAAAUACACAUGCCAUGUGCACCAUGAGGGACUGCCUGAGCCCCUCACCCUGAGAUGGGAAGAGUGUGAUAGGAGCAGAUGUGGACAUGCAGUGUCCUGGAGUGUCCCUGUCCCUGUGCUCAUUGCUGUUUUCAUAGUAGCUGCGUUUCUAGUUGGAGUUGCCUGCUACAGGUUUAAGGUAUUACAAACUCUGGCAUCUCAUCACAUGUUCUGCAAGCUAUAAGAAACAACCUUGAGCUGGGCGUUGAUGGCGCACACCUUUAAUCCAAGCACUCGGGAGGCAGAGGCAGGCGCAUCUCUGUGAGUCCGAGGCCGGGCUGGCCCGACAACCUCCAAGACAAUACGGAGAAACCCUGUCUCGUGAAACCAAUAGCCAAUUUUAACGAGCGGCUAGGCCCAAAGGACACAGUUUUUACUGGAGAGGACAUGAUCUCCCAAGGAAGCACACUCUCUUGGGAGAUGGACAGACCUGCAGCAAGCCACGGAGCCACAGGAGAAGCCUGACAGGCGGCUUGAUAGACCAUCUGCCUUGGGGAGAGCUAGACCCCCAGUCGGAAGAGCGAAAGAGCACAGCAGGGCUGGUGACACGACCCGGAUUCCUCAUGUCCGGGUUGUAAUCACUGUGCAAGGAGUUUGCUAUUAAUAGUAGGUGACUCAGACUUCCUCCUUUUGUCCUUGGCUGGAGAGAGACCCUGUCCUCCGUCGUCGAAGCCAAUGGUUUAGUGUGUUCUCCCCUGUGAGCCCCCUCUCUCAAACUCCGGCUUGCCUGCCUUUUCUGAAGCACCUCUAUAUUUGGCUGGCCCAGGAUGCCCUCCCCGUCUUCACAGCCAGAAUCCCACCUGCAAAUCCUAGUUGCCAUGAAAAGUAACAUGUGCUGGGUCGUUCUGUGUUAACUUGACACACACAGGCUGGAGUCAUCUGAGAGGAGGGGCCCUCGACAGAAAAGAUGCCUCCUUAAGAUCAGGCUGGAGACAAGCUUGUAGGGCAUUGUGGGGACAACAGACCUUGGCCGGAAACCCACUCCCCCAUCAGCCUGGGAGCAGGCAGCUAUAAGACAAUGUUUACUAAAAACAAUACUGUGCCCAGAGCAAUAAGUUCCUGAUAAGACCUCGCCCACAGGAACCCCUGACCUCUACCUUUUCCAAUGACUAAUCGUCUCUUCCUGACCACCCCCCCCACCUCCACCACUGGUGUCAGGUCAUAACCAGCCAGGGGUAAGAAAGGGGGCUAAAGCUUUUCUUGGGCGGAAGCUUUUUAUUUUUUGGUUUUUCGAGACAGGGUUUCUCUGUAUUGUUUUGGAGGCUGUCCUGGAACUAGCUCUGUAGACCAGGCUGGCCUGGUCCUGCCCGGUGUGUCUGCACUCACUGCUUUUGAAGAUAAACUGUUACCUGCAACUGUGGGUUAAGUAAACCCCAUUCCCACCAAACCAUACUGCAAUGGGGGUUCUUCUGUAUAUAUGUUUCUCUUACUGGUUGGCCAAUAGCCAGGCAGGAAGUAUAGGUGGGGCUACCAGAUGAGAAUUCUGGGUAGAGGAUGCAGACAGGAGCGGAGAGACACCUUAGCUACCAGGAAGAGAGGACGCGCCGGGAGUUCUUCGGUAAGAUAAGGCCAUGUAGAAGUUCAUAGAUUAGUAGUUACGGGUUAAUAAUGAAGAGAGAGCUAGCCUGUCAGGAGCCUGAGCCAUCGGCCAGUUUUAUAAUUAACAUAAGCCUCAUUUGGGGCCAAUUGGUUGCAGGGCUAGGAGGGAGAGAAACUCAGUCUGCAAUAGUGAUCCUAAGACAAACAUGCUCAGCCUGCAGAGAUCAGAUUGGGGACAUCUUCUGCCCACGAAACAGCAUGGGGGGAGGGAGACUUUGCGGCUAUCUUUGACUCUCUUAGUCACAGACGAGAAAUGACUAAUGGGGGGGGGGCUUGGUGGUGGUGAGACCUUGGUGGUGAAAGCAGGCUUAUCACACCGGUGCACACGAGCCCACUUGUGAGGGACAUCAAGAAACUCUGCCUACACCUGUGACUCUGAGCAAAGCCGUGCAGUGUGGAAUUCCCCGGAGCUUGGGGUCACAGACAGCACAGGAAGGAAUGACAAGUUGAGGAUGUGAGUGCGGCAUGCUCUUUACGUGGUAUACGGUAAGCACACAGGCCGGAGGAUAAAGAACGGAAACUAAUAAAAAUCCUUUUAACUGCA